GGAAGAACAGGCAGUUCUGUGGUGGUAAUUGAUUCCAUAUUAGCCUAGCCUAGCAUAGCCUGAGUGAGCACUGGGAGAUAUCACUGCUGCGCCUUCUCCAGCAGCGUGGAGACAGACAACAUCCACACAGCUUCACAACACAGCCGGUACAGCACAGAAAACCUGAAACCCUCAACAUGACAACCAAAAAGCCGCAGAGCAUUCUCAGAGAAGCGUCUCAUCAGAUCAUAGCUGGUGGAUCCGCUGGUCUGGUGGAGAUCUGCUUGAUGCAUCCUCUCGAUGUGGUGAAGACGAGGUUCCAGAUCCAGAGGGGAGGCAGUGACCCGAACAGCUACAAAGGCCUGGGUGAUUGCUUCAGAACCAUCUUCCGCAAUGAAGGAGUCUUUGGUUUCUACAAAGGAAUCCUGCCUCCCAUUCUGGCUGAGACACCAAAGAGAGCGGUCAAGUUCUUCACCUUUGAGCAGUACAAGAAGCUGCUGAAUCUGACCCCUUUGUCUGCUGGUGUGGCGUUGUCUGUAGCGGGGCUCGGUGCAGGCUUGACUGAGGCAGUUGUCGUCAACCCGUUCGAGGUGGUGAAAGUCAGUCUCCAGGCCAACAGGGAUGCCUUCACAGAGCAACCCUCCUCGUUUGGCCAAGCAAGACGCAUAAUAAAUUCGGACGGGUUUGGACUGAAGGGCCUGAAUAAAGGAUUAACAUCAACUCUGGGACGCCAUGGAGUUUUUAACAUGAUCUACUUUGGCUUCUACUUCAACGUCAAGGAUGCUAUUCCUACCAACCCGAACCCCACCCUGGAGUUCCUGAGAAAGUUCACCAUCGGCCUCGUGUCUGGGACCAUCUCCUCCAUAGUGAACAUUCCCUUCGACGUAGCCAAGAGUCGCAUCCAAGGCCCCCAGCCUGUGCCCGGAGAGAUCAAGUACCGCACCUGCUUCCAGACCAUGGCGAUGGUGUACCGGGAGGAAGGGUAUUUGGCCUUGUAUAAGGGGUUGGUGCCAAAGAUAAUGAGGCUUGGACCAGGUGGAGCGGUGAUGCUGCUGGUCUAUGAGUAUGUGUCUGGAUGGCUGCAGAAAAACUGGUAACAAUAGAGAAAUUCAAUAGGAGAAAGGAAAACAACAGAGUGCCUUAAGGAUGAUGUCUUAUUGACGACAUUAUUGACUGACUCCAGUAAAGUUAGACCAAAGAAGUAUCAUCAUUUUCUACCUUGAAUACAUAACACUGCUCUGCAAAACAGCACCUCAGCCUUACAGUGAAUCAUUCUAGAGGGAAACAAAACUACGUCUUCAUAUUACAUUUCUGAUAAAUCCAGGUUAUUUCAUAUGUUGAUGUAGUUUGUGUUUGAUGUUUGUCACCCUCCUCACUGACUUAAAGUAGGCGGUGCUGACUUUGAGAAAAGAGUGAUGUCAUGCACAUGUGCGCUCUAAUACGUCAACGUUUAAACAAAGGUAACCUCCUAAAUCUGAUCACAGUUGAGGGGCUGUUUUUGUGAGUCAACAAAUCUGAACAAAACACCCACACAAUUCAUAAAGAGGCAAAAUGUGAGAGUUAAUUAGAGUUAAAAUAUUAAAGAUUAAAUAUGUAGCUUAUCUUGAAAUAUCCAGAGUUUAAAAGUUCAGUUUAUAUUAAAAUAAAAAGCCCAGAUUGCUGACAUGACCAUCUCUAAUGGGCUUUUUAACAUGCUAGCAUACAUAUUAUACAGCUGCUCAGGUGAGUUUCAUUUACACCAGCCUCACCAGAGCUCUACAAGACUCAGUGGAUCAAUCAUCCCGACAUGAAUCUAAACUUCUCACUGAGGAGCAGCUUCUGAACUCAGCGCCAGUGCACACACAUCACUGCAGAACAGGUGAAACACACACUUGUCUUAUGCACACACACACAUGCAAUUUCUACCAAUCCAAAGUGGAUCACACACACAUACAGUGAUCACAUCUUAAACCUUGAACCUUAUUGUCGAUCACAAACAAGCAGACGCAGUAGAAGUUUUCUUGAAGUUGAUAUUUAGAUCUCCUGAAGAACUUUUUUAAUUGAUCAUUUUUGCAUGACUGAAAUUUUUAUGAAAGUCUUUAAAAUUGGAAUCUGACAGAAUGUUUAUUUUUCAAGCGUUUACUGGUUUUAUAAGCAUUUGUGAAAAAUGAAUUUCAUGUAUUGGUAACAAAUAAAAAAGAAUCCAAUUAAACUCACUUGGGUGCUCA